CUAUUACCAUCACUUGCACCGUGCAUAAGCAAGUAAGGUUUAUUUAAAAAUGAGUGGAGAUUUUCCAUUUGAAAUUACACCUUACACUAAAGAAGAGCACGAGACUCUGAGGAAAAUCUAUACACCGGAGCGCUACAGGCACAACAUCCACGUAGGCCCUUCCCGGUACGUGCUCAGAGUUGAGUACGCGCACCAUGCGGGAAAUAUUUACAACAUGCCUCUGCGCAGCGAUGACUUCGUCGUCUUGUCCUUCCCGCGAUCAGGAACCACCUGGACCCAAGAGAUGGUGUGGCUUAUCGCCAACGAUUUGAACUUUGACAAAGCGAAGGAAGUGCCUUUGUGGAAACGAUAUUCGAGCGGUAUAAUAGAAAGGAGCGCAUUCUUAUCUCAGGAAAGAAUUGAACAACUGAAGCAACAAAAUGCGGAGGAUCCUGUUGGUGCCCAAAUUGUAAACGAAUUAAUGAAACCUACAUAUGAAGUUCUGGCUAACACAAAGUCUCCCCGAUUUAUCACGACUCAUUUGCCUAUUUCCUUGCUCCCUCCUGCCUUGCUGGACACCUGCAAGACAGUGUACGUGGCCAGGGAUCCGCGGGACGUCGCAGUUUCGAAUUACUUCUUAUAUAAAGACAACAUUCAAGAAAUUGUCAAGACUACGCCUUUUAAGGACUUCUUUGAAUUGUUUGAAAAAGACCUUUGGUUCAGGUGUCCUUACUUCGAUCACGUAAAAGAAGCAUGGUCGCAGCGGCAUCACCCUAAUAUGCUGUUCAUUUUCUACGAGGAUAUGUCCAAGGACCUCAAAGGCACAGCGCGACGCAUUGCAGACUUUUUCGGCAAAAGUUACAGCGAGGAGCAGUUUGACCAUUUGUGUGACCAUCUACACUUCGACAACUUCAAGAAUAACGCUUCGAUAGGCAUAGACGAUAAUUAUUGCAAGUUCGGAGAUUUUCAAAAGAAGAACUUCGUUAGGAGAGGUAAAUCGGGCGGUUGGCGCGAGUAUUUCGAUGAACAACUUGCGGCGCAUGCGCAGCAGUGGAUAGACCAGAACUUGCGUGACACCGACUUGCGCUUCCCACAAUAAAUAUUCUAGAUAAAGCUA